AUGCAGCCCAGCCCACACAAACACUAUCCCAUUCUCCCUUCAGAUCUCUCGGGCACCCCCGCCGCCACUUCUCCACGGGCGACCGGCGAUCCCCAUCGUCCCCGGCGGGCGGCGGCGGCGGCGGGCGCGGUAUGGUCGACCCCGUCCGCAAGAGGAGCGUGGCGGCGGCGCCCUCCCUGCCCGACGACGCCCUCGUGGAGAUCCUCUCUCGCGUCGCCGCAAAAUCCCUAUGCCGGUUCAAGUGCGUCUCCAAGGCCUGGCGCGACCUCAUCGCCGACCGCCUCCGCUGCACCAGGCUCCCCCAAACCCUGGAGGGCUUCUUCUACGCCUACGACGACGACGACGACAACGAGAUACACGGUGGCGACUGCGACGAUGGCGGUGGCAAGGGAUACGGCGUCGGCAGCGUGAGACCGGAUCACAUCGUCCACGGGCGCUUCAUCAACACGUUGGGUAGAUUCGUGCCUCUCGCUUCCUACUCCUUCCUGCUGGAGCAGCUCGGAGUUGAUACCAUCUGUCUCAUGCGUUCUUGCAACGGGCUCCUCCUCUUUGGGCACAGAAGGGAUUCGGACAGCUACGAUUCGCUGGGCUAUAUCGUGUGCAACCCCGCCACCGAGCAAUGGGUGACCGUGCCCAGCUCCGGCUGGAAACCUUUCUCCCUAUGGGAUUCGGAUGAGAGCGAGGACUCAGACUCCGACGGUGAAUCAUCUAACUGCAGGUUCACCUAUUUGAUCUUCGACCCUGCUGUGUCCGCACACUUUCAGUUGGUCGAGUUGUGGUCAGACGAUUGUGUAUCCGUGGAGGAGGUGCACACCUACUCAUCUGAAACUGGGCUAUGGUGUAAGAAUCCAAGUGAGUGGAGUUCGGAUGAGGCUGUAUCAUUCUUCGCAGGAAGCGCCUUUGUCAGUGGCAUGCUGCAUUUCAGCGUCACCAACUUUGACGCGCACCAGGAGAAGAUAGUUGCAGUUGAUGGGGAAGGGAAGAGGUGUAGGACCAUUGCCGGGCCGGAGAAGAGCGGUGAUGCUGCUUUUAUUGGUCAAUCCAAAGGACGCCUGCAUUACGUGAGUCGACGUGCGGACAGCACUAGCAAGAUGACUGAACUGUGCAUUUGGGUUCUUCAGGAGUACAAUACAGAAGAUUGGGUUCUGAAGCACAGGGUGACCUUUUUGCAGCUGUUUGGAAGAAUGAGUUGCCGAGAUCAAGACUACAAUGUGGUUGCCAUUCACCCGGAUUGCAAUUUGAUCUUCUUCCUUCAGUACUGGGACCUGCAACUAAAAUCAUAUAACAUGGAUAGCAAGGAAGUGUGUACUCUCCGGAUUCUAAGGGUGGGGCCUCAGCAUAUUUUCCCAUAUGUUCCCUAUUUUGCUGAGUCAACGGCUGUUGCUGGUAAGCACUAAGCACUGAAAUUGUGCCUUGCGACUUUGUGAGCACUGGUCAAAUUUGAUGUUUCAAGUGUGUUGCACGGGAGCAGCUAUUAACAUAAUUAUAUCUAUAGAAGUAGGUAUCUGAUGGUACUUCACUGUAUUUCCUUCUCGUGCAUUUUGCCCACUUGCGGCAUGCGUGUAAGUUAGCACUACAUAUGUAUGCAAUUGCCUAAGUUGCGCAAUACGUGAUGUUUGGAGUUCAAGUUAAAAGUUUCAAAUCUUGCACUUUGUGUUCCC